AAUGAAUACAAAGUCAUUUGAAGUUUUGAUACAUUCAUAAUAUGCUUUCCAUAGAUGCAGAAAUGAAGUGCAUAAGUAUGAAGAUUGUAGAUAAACAACAUCCCCAAUUCCAAAAGAUCCACGUCUAUGUAGAAAUACAGCUAGAGAAUUGAUAGGAUGUUAUAAAGAGGCGUAUUUAAUAUGAUGUUUUAUGAUCAUUAGUGAACGUAUGCAUCCAUUAUGUUUGGCUCCUUUCAAUGAUGUAAGAGAAUGUGUUUUCAAAGCUGAUGGAAAUAUCUUUAAUUGCAAGAAAGAAUCAUAAUAAUUCGUUGAUUGUCAGAUGGAUUAAGAAAAAUAUCAAGAUUUCUUAGCUGUAAUAUAUUAUAAUACAAAUAGCUUUCAACAGAUAAAUAAAAAGAAGCUUUAUAAUUUGAUUUCUUCAACUACAGAGGCCAUUUUGACAAGUAUAGUUGAGGUAGU